UAACAUAUUUAUUUGGUUUUUGUUUAUGCAUCAAAUAUUGCGUGAAGGAUUUCUCAAAACUUCUAAAAAUUCUGUAUUUUGAUGCCUUCAAAGAAAGCUGAAAUAAAGAUGCAGAAAAAAAUCCUGCUACUUUAUUUUUCUUAAUACCUUUUGUUGGUAGACCCCAUAUGACAUAAUUUUGCUCAUAUUCAUCCGGGUGUAAUUUUGUAUGAUAAUCUGAUAAUAGGCUGGUCAAACAUUUCUAAUAACAGUACACUAAAGAGUACUGUACAGCAAACCAGCGAUGCUGACGUCUGUUUUGCAGUCAAAGGGCGCCAUCCUGUGGCUUCACUCAUUUACACAAACACGCCAGCUUUCAGUUUGACUGCAGUCAUAUAAAAACAUUUGGAUUUCCUCCACAGGAGUCAAAGGGCCUGCAAACUGCCAGAACGCUUUUGUAUUCAUUUAAAAUUAAUUUAUAAGCCUUUUUCUUAACACACAAAAAAAGUAUUUUUUUGAAAAAGAAUGAUUGCUGGAUUGAAUGUUAUGUGUAAAAACUUUCCUUGGAGCCUUAUUUUUUCGCUUUUGCUAAAUGAAUCCUCAAGUUGGUGUGAUUAGUUUUUAUCGUUUGAUCGAUCUGGUGAUCCCUUUUAAAAGAUAUUUUCACGCUUUUUCCUGAAGCUCCUUUUCCCUCCAUCCAACACAUUUCCUAUUUUGUUCACUUAGUUGAGAAUCUUUUAGAAUCUGUUCCACCGAAAUUAACCAACAUAAGCAGCAGAAGUUGCCCUUUUUUCUAUACAUUUCCCUGUUGGAACCUGCACGUUCUGCCACAUGGCGUUCUCUAAAAUGCAAAGCUCAGCUUGCAUACUGUAAUAGGAUCAGCACCCCUCAUUCUCCCAUUUACACCAGCCUUCAUUACCCCGAGCUUAUAGCAGGAUUACUGAGGCUGCAGGUGAUGUUUAUUUUCUGUUCCAGCUCCUGGGGAUGUUUUGCUCUGCGCACCAAAAGCUGCAGUCCCCCAUACUUUUAAAGGAAAUUGUGCUUUUAUCUUUUUUAAUGUUGUAAAAGCUUUAAAAGAAGUCUGAAAGCACAGUUCAGAGAGUUUAACAAGCAAGCUAAAACUUAAGUUCUUCUGAUUUUUUUGACAUAGAAACAAGGAUGACAAGAAAGUUGACCACAUAGCUUCUCCAUCCAUCCUUCUUUCUGGCAGUGCUCCCCCCCUUUUCUGAGUGGAAUCCUCUUAAAGGUGGAUUAUUAAGCUAAGAUGUCUCCGCUGAGACUGAGAGAUGCAGAGACGCAGCGAGGGAACGCUAGUGAAGACGAGCGAAGACAGCAGGACAAUGGAGAAGACCCCUUGGCUUCAUGCGGACCAAGGUGGAAGAGCUGGGUCAAAGCCAGAGCCUCACACUGUGAAACACGUAUUCCUGAGUCUCCCUCCCCCUGUUGAAAACGAGGCGGGGACAGCCUAACCUUCAUGACAGCAAUGGGCUCUCUGACCCCAACCGACCCACGGAGUUGGAGCUCCGCUCUCUGCAUCCUCUUCCUGCUGUUCCAAGAGGCCAAAGUGGACACCCUGGACGCUUCUACCACUCUCAAUGGUGGGGGGUCCCAGUGUGGGGAGUACACAAACCAGUUGACAGAGGAUGGGAUGUGUCGCCUAGAGGCCACCCUGCCUCAGCUGGAUGAGAGGAGAUGCCCUGAUAUGUUUCGCUGCACAGACGAGGUUUCCUACUGGCUCCACGAGAAUGAGGAGAGGAAAGAUCAGAUUGUGGCGCUCAAAGAAACCAUCUCCGAGCUGCAGGAGGAUCUGAGGAACCACCGGCAUCGCAUCAAAGUCCUGGAACUUGAGAGUGAAGAGCGCCACCAUCUGAACAUCUCUCUGGAGCUGCAUCUCCAUGAGCUGGAGGUGCGUUAUGCAGAGGCCACCUCCCUGCUGCACCUGCAGGGGACCCUCAUCCUGGACCUGCAGAACCAACUGCACAACCUAACCCUUGUUCUGGACAAGUUAAAAAGAAACCCCGGAUGCUCCAUUAAUAUUGUCCGCCCAAAUCCUCUUCUGAAUACCCAAGAUGCUCUGCAUCCAGAGAUCCAGCAUGUGGGAGACUGUCCCAUUGACUGUGCCUCCAUCUACUUCAGCGGGGUGAGGAGAUCAGGUCUCUACGCUGUGGUUCCAUCCCUGUCAGGCCUGCCUGUGGACGUUUACUGUGACAUGGACACGGAAGGUGGCGGGUGGACAGUGAUCCAGCGGCGAGUUGACGGCUCGGUGAGCUUUAACCGUAACUGGAGGGAUUACAGGGAUGGAUUUGGUGACCUGCACUCCGAGUUCUGGCUGGGAAACAACCACAUACAUGAACUGACCGCCCAGGGAGAGUACAGCCUCCGCAUUGACCUGGAGGACUGGAACAUCCAGCACAAAUAUGCCCUCUACCAGAGCUUCAGGGUGGAGGAUGAGGAGCAUCAAUACCGUCUUCACGUGUCUGGCUUCAGCGGCACAGUGCAAGACUCUUUCAGCUGGUACCAUGACAAGCAGAGCUUCAGUACACCAGACAGUGGAAACAUCUGUGCUGAGAUCUCACAUGGGGGCUGGUGGUACAACCAGUGUUUCUACACCAACCUAAACGGAGUCUACUACAGGGGGGGCCAUUACACUCCAAAGGGCCGGGGCCCACUUGGUCCUGAUGGCAUCGUUUGGUACUCCUGGAAAGACUCGGAUUAUUAUUCUCUGCGCAAAGUCAGUAUGAUGAUUCGACCACGCAGCUUCCAAACACGCCUGUCGCCCUGACAACAGCUGGGAUGCAUCUGCAUUUUGUUACAGCAUCAAGGAUAAAACUGUGCAGCAGCGAGGAGCUUUCUUUUCUUGACAUUGACUUAAUAAAACUGGUCCUAUAAGCUGUUACUGACUUUUCAAGACAUACAUUUUGUAUUAAGAGUAUUUUUGGAAACCUUUUUUCUCCAGUUAUGGAAAAAAUCUCAUUUUGUACCUACUCCAAUUUUUUUUCAAAGCUGGAAAUGUUUUGGAAGCAGUGGCUGAAUUUUUGUACUCCACAAAGACAAAGCUCCUCACCUGACACUCACAUGUUUCUUUACAACUCCUUGUCAGUUCUGUUUAAAUAUUAUUCACCCAUAAAUUUAACUGAAAGUAAAAUUGCUUAAAGACAGAGCACCUUAGGUUCCCUUUUAAAACACUUAAAAUCCGUUUUUCCCAAAGUUACCUCAACUAUUGUGCUUCUUUUGUAGUCAAGUUGUACAUUUUGUAAUGGUGUUUUUGGAAUAUUUGUAUUAUAGAUUUCAACAAAUUCUAACUAAUGAGCCAAAAAAAUGUUUUUUAAAUAAUAAAGCAAAUGUUUUGGAAUCAAUCAAACCAGUGCCUCUUUUAGAUCCAAGAAACUACUUGAAACUUUAAAUACUUAAAGUUUGAAAGCUAUUUGGAUGACCUAACAUAGUAAUGUAUACUACAGUUAAUAAACUUGUGGGCUGAGGCUGCAGAAAACCUUCAGGAAGAUGGAAAAUGGGUUUAAGGUCCAAUCAAACAUUAAAUGUUGAUCCUUAACUUUUCAGCACGGUGGUGGUAGUGUCAUGGAGUUUUGUAGAUGGACUUGCUUUUUCCAAUCUAAAUAACAGUCAGGUAGUUGCAGCUAAAUGUUUGAACAUAACACUAUUUAUGUUAUUUCCCAAGAAACUUACGUUUUUUAGCGUUUUAUGUUGCCAAAACAUUUAUCUUUAAUAUAAAACCCACAAAAAUGAAAUGUUUGUCCUGCAUAGGAACAGCUAAAAAUAAAAUCAACUGUGAAACCCAUUAACUCUUAUCUAUGUAUUACCAAUAAGUCUAAUUAAAAGGCAUCAUUGUCUUAGAACAGUGUUGAGCAACAUUUUGCUGUUUUAAGAUUGUAUAUGCUUGACAUAAACUAACUGUGCAAUUAAAAAGAUCAAAAAAAGAUUUAAAAAAUAAAACUGUUUUGUGAAUCA